GACUCUUCAUUUUUUCUUCUUCUAUAUAUAUAAAUCUUUCUUGAAGAACAACACAGCACAUCAACUUCAUCUUGCUUUCCAACACUUCUUCUUUUUUUGAAAGAUUCUUGAUUUUCCAUCAUUAAAAAAAUUACCCACAUUUUUUAAUUAUUCUUUUGUUUCAAUUUGUUGUAGGAAAAAAAAAAAUUAAUUGAGCAAAACAUUAAAAGUACUUACCUAGAAGAACAAGAAAAGAUAGAACCAAGCAACCUAGAUAACCCCUUUAUGUUGAACUUGUUAUAUAGUUUAGUUUUUUCUUAAAUCUUGAUUUUGGUAUUUUGUACAGUGGGGGGCUUUUUUUUUUUUUUUUGUUUGUUUAAGAUUUUUCUUUUUGGGGUUUUUGUGAAUUUGGAGUUUUUGGUGUGUGGGGUUUGGAAAGUUGGGAUUUUAAUGUGAUUUUUGCUGAUAGGGAGUGUGAAAUCUUGAUGUUUGUGAAGAAUUGUUAAGUGGGGUGUUGAAAUCUUGGAGUUUUAUUGCUGAAUUGCUUUGUGGGUUUGCUGAAAAUUGGCUGAAUUUUUUUUUUUAAAGGGGUAAAGAUUGAAACUUUGGAGUUUAAUUGCUGAAUUGGGUUUUGGGUCUGCUGAAAAUUUUUGUUUUUGGGGGUAAAAGAUUGGAACUUUGGAGUUUUUUUUUUUUGCUGAAUUGGGUUUUAGGUCUGCUGAAAAUUGUGAUUUUUGGUGGAAAAGAUUGUAACUUUGGGGUCUUGUUGAGGAUUUGCUUUGUGGGUGUGGUGAAAUUUGUGUUUCUUGGAGGAAAAGGUUGAAAUUUUGGAGUUCCAGUGAAGGAUUGCUUUGUGGGUCUGCUGAAAAUUGUGUUUUUUGGUGGAAAAGAUUGAGACUUUGGGGUCUUGUUGGUGAACUAUUUAGUGGGGUGUUUUUGUUUUGGGGGUAUCUGGAAGGGGUUUUAGUAGAUUGGGUUGUGUUGGGGAGAUAGAGAUCCCUUUUGGGUUGCUUAGAUUGGAUUUGCUGUGUGAAUUCUUGCGGAUUUGGGCGUUGAAGUUGUGGUUUUGGGAGCUUUUGAGGGUUGUUUGGUUGAGUUUUUAUGGCAUUUUGACAUCUGUUUGUAAGAUUUGCUGGGUGAAUUCUUGAGGAUUUGGGUGUUGAGGUUGUGAUUUGGGAACUUUGAAGGUUAUUUGGUUGAGCUUUUAAGGGAUAAAAUGAGUUCAAAUUCUUCAUCUGGUGUUGCACAAGUAGGGAAGCUUUUGGUUCUUAUUGCUGAGAAUGGGCAAUCGUAUGAACUGAAUUGCGAUGAAUAUACUCUUGUUGAUGCUGUUCAGCAAUAUCUAGAGUCUGUUUCUGGGAUUCCUGUUGGUGAUCAGCUUCUUUUGUGCUUAGAUGUGAAACUUGAAUUGCAUUGUCCACUUUCUAGUUACAAGCUCCCAUCGGAUGAUCGAGAAGUUAUCUUGUUUAAUAAAGCUAGAAUGAGAAGCAAUGCGCCACCUCCAUUACCCGAGCAAGUUGAUAUAAUCGAUAUUCCUGAUCCUGUUUUAUCAUCGCCCUCUCAUGAUCCCCACGCUUUGGAUGAUGCGAUAGACCCUGCGCUAAAAGCCUUGCCUUCGUACGAGAGGCAAUUCAGGUUCCACUUCCAACGUGGUCAUGUCAUUUACAGCCGUUCCCAAAUGAGAAUUGAUACUUGUGAGAGGCUUUUGAGAGAGCAAAAAGUGCAAGAGCGGGCGUUAGGGAUUGCUAGGGGCAAUCUUGAUCACUUCUAUGGGAUGAUACAUCAAAAUUAUAAUGACUUUUUAAGGUGUUACUCCCAGCAAUAUCGUAGCCAUUCUAACUUGCUUAAUAAUUUUGGAAGGGAUAUAGAUAAGUUGAAGGCUUGCAAACUUCAUCCUGCUUUGCAGACUGUGAACCGCAAGUGUUUGCUGGAUUUCGUGAAAGAGGAGAACCUUCGGAAGUUGGCAGACGAUUGUCAUGGUUCCCACAGGCAGUUCGAGAAUAAAGUGUCCGAAUUUAAGCUUGAGUUUGGAGAGCUAGAGCACAAUGCUAAGCAUUUGUUUUCUACCAAAGGUUCACAUCUUAUAAGGGAAGUGGAACUAGCUAUCAGAGACCAUCAGAAGUAUGUCAGUGAGCAGAAAAGCAUAAUGCAGGCUUUGAGCAAGGAUGUUAAUAUGGUCAAAAAUCUUGUGGAUGACUGUUUGACCAAUCAGUUAGCCGCUGCACUCCGUCCACAUGAUGCUGUUUCAGCGUUGGGACCUAUGUAUGAAUGCCAUGAGAAAAGUUAUCUUCCCAAGAUGCAGGCUUGUGAUGGUGAAAUCUCCAAACUGGUUGAGUUCUGCAAGGAUAAAAAGAAUGAAAUGAAUAUUCUUGUUCAUAAUUACAUGCAAAAGGUAGCAUAUAUCCAGUACACCAUCAAAGAUAUACGAUGCAAAUUUGCUGUUUUCCAGGAAGCUUUGAGGCGUCAAAGUGAUUUAUUUGAGCACUUAAAAGUGAUCCGAGGAAUUGGUCCUGCAUACCGGGCAUGCCUUGCUGAAGUGGUAAGAAGAAAAGCUGCAAUGAAACUGUAUAUGGGAAUGGCUGGACAAUUAGCUGAACGGCUUGCAACCAGGAGGGAGGCGGAAGUUCGUAGGAGAGAGGAGUUUCUGAGGAUAAAUAGUACAUACAUUCCCCGGGAUAUUUUGGCUUCUAUGGGACUGUAUGAUACCCCUAACCACUGUGAUGUCAAUAUAACUCCUUUUGACACUAAAUUGCUCGACGUUGAUAUCCCAGACAUAGAUCACUAUGCUCCUGAGUAUCUAUUGGGACUCUCUUCCAGGAGUGAAAAACAUGGGACCUUAAAGAGUCCACUUUCCAUGUCUACUGAUGGUUCUCAUUUAGCGGAAACUGAGAUAAAUGACUUCAAUGAGAAAAUUGAUUGUGAGGAAUUGUUUCCGGGCUCAGAGGUUCUGGAUAUUGCUGGAACUAGCAAAAUGGAAGUGGAAAAUGCAAAAUUGAGGGCUGAGCUUGCUUCUAAAAUAGCCUUUAUAUGUUCUAUCUUUCCUGAAUUUGAUUAUGAAUCACUUGAUGACAGUAAAAUUGAUAGUUUACUAAAAGAAGCACGAGAGAAAACCUCUGAGGCUCUACAUGAGAAAGAAGAAUAUGAAAAACACCUUCAUUCUAUGCUUAAGGCGAAGCAAAUUCAAUGUGAAUCUUAUGAAAAACGGAUUCAGGAGUUGGAACAGAAAUUGUCUGAUCAUUACUCGCAAGGGCACACACAUUCUGCUGAUGAGGGUGUAUCUAACUUAACUGAUUCAGCUGUGAAGAAUGAUGGCAGCAAGUCAGAUGUUUCAGGUGUUGGCGAAGCUCACAUGCCUUGUAUGCCUGCUGAAGUCAUGGAUGAGAUUUCUUGUGCCUCUAGUUCAUCAAUUAUCAAACCUGGCUUUAAACAGAUCAAGGAACAGGAAGGCUUAGAUGACAAUAUGACUGAUUCAUCUGCUAUGGUAAACCCUCAGUUGGAUUCAUCUAUGCUAGAUCCACAUCGUGAUGAAGAGCAUGAAAACCUUCCCGUGAAGGACAAGAAAGAUGCUGCAUUGGCUGGUAGAGAUAUGACACUUGCGACAAUUUCCAUGGACGUGCCUUCUGAAGUAACUGCUGAACAAGGUUUGGCUGCUAAAGCUAAAGAGGAUCUUCUCCUGGAGUUGCAAGGUGCCCUGGCUGAUAAAUCGAAGCUACUGGAUGAAAGCGAAAGCAAGGUGAAAUCCUUGACUGAGGAGAUAUCCAAGCUGGUGAGGGAGUUGGAGGUCAGAGGAAAGCUUCUUGAUGAAUCUCAGAUGAAUUGUGCUCAUCUAGAGAAUUGCCUUCAUGAAGCAAGAGAGGAAGCUCAAACCCAUCUAUGUGCAGCUGAUAGAAGGGCCUCGGAGUAUAGCGCAUUGCGUGCUUCUGCAGUCAAAAUGCGCAGCCUCUUUGAAAGAUUGAGGGCAAGUAUCUUGUCAGGUGGUGUGGCUGGUUUGGCAGAGUCCUUGCGUGGAUUAUCUCAAUCUUUAGCCAAUUCAACUAAUGAAAAAGAGGAGGAUGGCGCAGCUGAAUUUCGCGAAUGCAUCCGGGUACUUGCUGAUAAAGUUGGUGCUUUAUCAAGGCAUCGAGCAGAGCUGGCUGAUAAAUGUUCCAAAUUCGAUGCUGCAAAUAAGCAGGUAUCAAAGGAGUUGGAAGAAAAGAAAGAAUUGGUUAACACUCUCUACAAAAAGCAUCAACACGAGAAGCAGACAAACAAAGAGAAGAUAUCAUUCGGGCGUUUAGAAGUCCACGAGAUUGCAGCAUUUGUUCUCAAUUCCAGUGGAAAUUAUGAAGCUAUAAAUCGAAACUGCCCUCAUUACUACCUCUCUGCAGAAUCUGUUGCUCUAUUCACCGACCAUCUUCCAAGUCGUCCAAGCUAUAUCGUAGGGCUGGUUGUGCAUAUUGAACGACAGACUGUGAGGUCGUCGACACCCUCAACAACAACAACAACAUCAGUUCGAGCUGACCAUGAUAGAGAUCUUUUAGAUAUACUGACUUCCGACACAGGAACCAGUCGUUUGUCCUUGAAUUCAGGAUCAACUACGACGAACCCAUAUGGUCUCCCUGUUGGCUGUGAAUACUUCGUCGUGACUGUAGCCAUGUUACCUGAUACUACUAUUCAUUCACCACCACCUUCCUGAUCUCAUGAAUGGUAAAAACAAAGAAAUGAGGGAAGAAAUCGAAAAUGUACAGAAUGAUUUUAUAUAGUUUUAACUAGUACUAGUACUCUUUCUUCCUAUUGUACAGCUGAUGAUGCAAAUCAAUCAGACUUGUUCCUCUUUGUGUAUAUAAUGCCUUUUUUCUUAUAGACUUGUAAAAUUCUGUGAAUAUUCAUCUUUCUUUUAUUAGUUUCUUGAUCA